GAUAUUUGGGUUCUUCCCCAUAUUUUUCUGAGACAGAAAACCCCAGGGUUUAGCCUCUGCAGUCUUUGCCUUCUUCAUCUCUCCUCUCUCUCUCUCGUCAUGGCCUUGCUCUGCUCUUCUGCUUCAAACUCGGACCCACUAGUCCCAGACCCCAAAUAACCUCCCACGAAUACCCACUAUAUCUACAGAUUUGCCACCAAAGCUUUCCAAGACGGCUGCUUCUAUAACCCCCUGUUGGAGUUGGAGUAGUAAGCUGGCCAAAGUUGCUCUUUCAAACCUCAUGGCUAUGGGGUUCUCCUCAAUCCAAACCAGCCAUUUAAGACCUUCUUGCCCUUCUUAUUUCUCUGUAUUCCGUUCCUGCCCCCGCUCUUCUUCGUCCAGGUCUCUAUGGACUCGUACCAGGCCAGAGGUCUGUGCAGCCAAAGCUGCUCAUGAUACUUUUUCAAAUAAUACAACGAUCUCUUUGAAUCCAGUUCACUAUCAUACUGAAAGAGAAUCUAAUGGCACUAAAAGUGCCUGGAACAACAAGGUUUUUGCACUGAGAGAAGAAAAAAAGGUAAUGGAACAUUAUUUUGGAAGGAACAUCUCCCGUGCAGGAGGUAUUAAAACGAAUAGCCAAGAAAGGCUUGAGGGUUUCACACAUGUCAGUACGUGUGAUAAGUUGGUAGAAAAUUCAGAAGGCUCAUAUUGCAAAAUCAUUGAUUAUGGACAAUUGGAUAAAACACCUGGUGAGGGAAAUCAUGUGGACAAGGUAAAUGGUGAAGGAAAUCAUGUGGACAAGGUAAAUGGUUAUGCACAUGAUGGUCUGGGUGUGUCAACUUCCAGUAGGGUUGAAAAUAUUAAUCUGGAGAAGGUCAAUGGUCAUGCACGUGAGGGUCCAGGACAAUUGGGUGUGGUUAAUGGGUCACAAUUAGGGAAGACCUCAAAGGUCAGGAAGGGGACUGAUUCUGGACGAAAUAAAGAUGAAGCUGCAGCUGUGAUUAAAGGGGACAAGUCUCAUGCAAAAGCUUCUGCAAUUAAAGCUGCUUCAAAAGCAGAUAAUGAUUGCAAGCAAGAUCUUCGUAUGAGGCUUAAUACCACAUAUGACAAGGUUCUUGUUGUCAAUAGUGUCUCUGUUGCAAAGAAAGUUGUUAAGAUGCUUACAGAUCAAUACAGGAAUCUUGUCCAUGCCUGUGACACAGAGGUGGCUAAGAUAGAAGUGAAGCGAGAAACACCUGUUGAUCAUGGAGAAAUAAUAUGUUUCAGUAUUUAUUCUGGACCGGGUGUGGAUUUUGGAAAUGGGAAGUCUUGUAUUUGGGUGGAUGUUCUUGAUGGCGGCGGCAAGGAACUUUUAAUUGAAUUUGCUCCCUUUUUUGAAGAUCCCUCCAUCAAAAAGGUUUGGCACAAUUACAGCUUUGAUAACCAUGUAAUAGAGAACUAUGGGCUUAAGCUUUCCGGUUUUCACGCCGACACAAUGCACAUGGCGCGCUUGUGGGAUUCAUCAAGGCGGAUAAAGGGAGGCUAUUCUCUUGAAGCGCUUACACGUGACCCUAAGGUCAUGUCUGGGGCGGAACAGUGUCAUUUGAAGGAUUUGGUUGGUAAAAUAUCAAUGAAAACAAUAUUUGGCAGGAAGAAAGUGAAAACAGAUGGAAAAGAAGGGAAAUUGACCAUUAUUGAUCCUGUUGAAGUGCUACAAAGAGAAGAGAGAAAACUAUGGAUUUGCUAUUCUGCCUUAGAUGCAAUAAGCACACUAAAUCUCUAUGAGAGCAUGAAAAACCAACUAGGCAAAAAGCCGUGGGAAAUUGAUGGAAACCCCGUUUCUGGAAAAUCCAUGUUUGAUUUCUAUGAAAAAUACUGGCAACCGUUUGGUGAGCUUUUAGUUCAGAUGGAAACUGAGGGAAUGUUGGUUGAUCGAGAACAUUUAGCUGAGAUUGAGAAGCAGGCCAAAGCCGAACAAGUGGUUGCUGCUAACAGGUUUCGCAGGUGGGCUUCUAGUUACUGCACUGAUGCCAAGUACAUGAAUGUGGGAAGUGAUGUGCAACUACGCCAGCUCUUGUUUGGUGGGACUGUGAACAGCAAGGACUCCGAUCAGGCUAUUCCAACUGAGAGGACUUUUAGAGUUCCAAACAUUGAUAAAGUGAUUGGAGAUGGAAAGGAUACAACCCCAAAAUAUCGCAAUAUCACUCUGCAUGGUAUUGGUGUCAAUCUUCCGGCUGAGAUUUACACAGCAAGUGGUUGGCCCUCAGUUGGAGGAGAUGCUUUGAAGAUUUUAUCUGGGAAGGUCUCUUCAGAAUUUCAUUUUAUGGAUGAUGACAUAGAUGAUGUUGGAGAUGCUUGUGAGACAGUGAGUGAUGAAUACUUGGUAAAACAAGAAAAUAUGUCUGAAUAUGUUGACACAUCUGCUUAUGGGACAGCUUUUGAAGCAUUUAAACCAAAGGAGAAGGGAAAGGAAGCUUGCCACGCUAUUGCCGCUUUAUGUCAAGUUUGCUCUAUCGAUUCGUUGAUAUCCAACUUCAUCCUCCCUUUGCAGAGCAGUAAUAUAUCAGGCAAGAACAGGCGGAUUCAUUGUUCCCUAAAUAUCAACACGGAAACAGGGCGUUUAUCUGCUAGGAGGCCUAAUUUGCAGAAUCAACCUGCUUUGGAGAAAGACCGGUAUAAGAUCCGUCAGGCGUUUGUAGCUGCACCUGGAAAUUCUCUUAUUGUUGCUGACUAUGGACAGCUGGAACUCAGGAUUCUUGCUCAUCUUUCCAACUGUAAGAGCAUGUUGGAUGCCUUCAAAGCUGGUGGAGAUUUUCAUUCAAGGACUGCAAUGAACAUGUACCAGCAUAUUUGGGAAGCCGUUGAGAAAAAGGAAGUGCUACUUGAGUGGGAUCCUCAACCCGGUGAAGAUAAACCCCCAGUUCCACUAUUGAAGGAUACCUUUGCUUCUGAAAGAAGGAAAGCUAAAAUGCUUAACUUCUCCAUUGCAUAUGGGAAAACUCCAAUUGGGCUUUCUCGGGAUUGGAAGGUAUCUGUUCAGGAUGCAGAGCAAACAGUUAAGCUCUGGUACAAAGAAAGACAAGAAGUGAGACUUUGGCAAGAAAAACGCAAAGAGGAAGCUGCAAAGCAUGGACAUGUUCGCACAUUGCUAGGACGGGAACGCUGGUUCCCCUCAAUAGCUCGUGCUAGUCGCGCUCAAAGAGGUCAUAUCGAAAGGGCUGCUAUUAACACACCAGUGCAGGGUAGUGCUGCUGAUGUUGCCAUGUGUGCCAUGUUAGAAAUAUCCAAUAAUGCGCAUUUGAAUGAUCUUGGGUGGAGGCUGCUUUUACAGGUUCAUGAUGAAGUGAUCUUGGAAGGGCCAUCUGAGUCUGCUGAGGUUGCAAAGGCAAUAGUUGUUGAGUGCAUGUCGAAGCCCUUCAAUGGCAAGAAUUUCCUUAAGGUUGACCUUGCUGUUGAUGCCAAAUGUGCACAAAACUGGUAUUCUGCCAAGUAGAUGGUGUGGUUAAUUACAUAAUUGGGCCUUUGGUUUUAGAACCUAUGAGGGCAGUUCGUGUGUUAUACAUUCCAGGGGCCAUUUGCAAUCUUGUUUUAAUGGCAUUCGCUCCUAAGAGGUUUUCUGCCCAAGGAAUCAGUUUUUAUAGCCUGUUGAUGUGAAAUUUUCCAUCAUCUUUGAUGAUGAGUUCGUCACAUUGCAGCCAAGGAUUACUAGAAGAGGGUUCGAUCUGCUGCUUGGUAGCACUAUGUGAUUUUUAGACCAUGGGGAAGGCUCAUGGAAAAGCAUGCCUUGUAUAUAGAUUAGUCUACUAACAAUCAAACACUUAUGUUUUGUUGAACAACUCUUCUAAUGUAUUGUACUUUCCUUGGUGAAACUAAUGUAUGUUUUGAACAAGAAUGAAGAUGCGAUAUUACGUUGUCUUAGUUUC